CGCGAGGCUCGCUACCUGACGCCCGCUCGCCUCUCCCGGGUCUUGCCGGCCGCGAAGACGAAGAUUUGCCAAAGUUGGGACCCCCGAGCUCCCGCCAGGCUCCCGCCGCCUCCGGCUCGCCCAGGGGGGCGGGGGGCGCCCCGGGAGGAGACCCCCCGGGGGGGUGGAAAAGGACGAGCCAGGAGGGGAACCUCCAACCUCGCCGGGCGGCCACGCCCCCCGCCCUGCCCCCGCCAGCCCACCGGCCGCCCCACUCAUUCCCCGGGCCCGGCGUCCACCAUGCACUUGCUGGGCUUCUGGUCCCUGGCGUGUUCGCUGCUCGCCGCUGCGCUGCUGCCCGGUCCGCGCCAGGCGCCCGCCGCCGCCGCCGCCUGGGAGUCGGGACUAGGCUACUCCGACGCGGAGCCCGACGCCGGCGAGGUCAAGGCUUAUGCCAGCAAAGAUUUGGAGGGACAACUGCGAUCCGUGUCAAGUGUCGAUGAACUCAUGACUGUCCUCUACCCAGAAUACUGGAAAAUGUACAAGUGCCAGUUAAGGAAAGGGAGCUGGCAACACAACAAAGAUCAGCCCAAUCCCAACACAAGGACAGAAGACACUGUAAAAUUUGCUGCAGCACAUUAUAAUGCAGAGAUCUUGAAAAGUAUUGAUAAUGAGUGGAGAAAGACUCAAUGCAUGCCCCGGGAGGUGUGUAUAGAUGUGGGGAAGGAGUUUGGAGCAGCCACAAACACCUUCUUUAAACCUCCAUGUGUGUCCGUCUACAGAUGUGGGGGCUGCUGCAACAGCGAGGGGCUUCAGUGCAUGAACACCAGCACAGGCUACCUCAGCAAGACGUUGUUUGAAAUUACAGUGCCCCUCUCUCAAGGCCCCAAACCAGUAACAGUCAGUUUUGCCAAUCAUACUUCCUGCCGAUGCAUGUCUAAACUGGAUGUUUACAGACAAGUUCAUUCAAUUAUUAGACGCUCCCUGCCAGCAACAUUACCACAGUGUCAGGCAGCCAACAAGACCUGCCCCAUGAAUUACAUUUGGAAUAAUCACCUUUGCAGAUGCCUAGCUCAGCAAGAUUUCAUGUUUUCUUCAAACACUGAAGAUGAAACGACAAAUGGAUUCCAUGAUAUCUGUGGCCCCAACAAAGAGCUGGAUGAGGAGACAUGCCAGUGUGUCUGCCAAGGGGGACUCAGGGCUUCCAGCUGUGGACCUCACAAAGAACUAGACAGAGACUCAUGCCAGUGCGUCUGUAAAAACAAACUCUUCCCCAACUCGUGUGGGGCCCACAGAGAAUUCGAUGAAAAUACGUGCCAGUGUGUAUGUAAAAGAACCUGCCCAAGAAACCAGCCCCUAAAUCCUGGAAAGUGUACUUGUGAAUGCACAGAAAAUCCCCAGAAAUGCUUCUUAAAGGGAAAGAAGUUCCAACAUCAAACAUGCAGUUGUUACCGGCGACCAUGUACAAAUCGAAUGAGGCACUGUGAGCCCGGACUUUCAUUUAGUGAAGAAGUUUGUCGCUGUGUCCCCUCAUAUUGGAAAAGACCACAUAUGAACUAAGAUUGUACUCUAUUCCGUUCAUCAUUUUUCUAUCAUGAAAAACUGUUUCCAUGGAGAACUGUCUAUGCACAGAGAGACCCUGUGGGGCCAUGAUCACAAAGACUAAAGUCUGUUUCCAAUCCGUGUGGAUAACUUUACAGAAAUGGACUGGAGCUCAUCUGCAAAAGGCCUCCUUCAAAGACUGGUUUUCUGCUGAUGACCAAACAUGUAAGGUGUUUCUCUUUUGAUUUAAAAAGAAAAGAAAAGAAAAAUUAAUGACUAUAUAAUUUAUUUCCACUAAAAAUAUUGUUCCUGCAUUCAUUUUUAUAGCAAUAACAAUUGGUAAAGCUCACUGUGAUCAAUAUUUUUAUAAUACGCAAAAUAUGUUCAAAAUAA